AUGGCCUUGGAACCUAUUGAUUACACUACCCACUCGAGAGAGAUCGACGCCGAGUAUCUGAAGAUCGUCAGAGGCUCCGACCCUGACACCACUUGGUUGAUCAUUUCACCCAAUGCGAAGAAAGAGUACAUGCCUGAGGCCACUGGCUCUUCUUUCCACGACUUCUUGCAGUCAUUCGACGACACAAAGGUGCAGUAUGGGCUGGCACGUGUUUCUCCUCCUGGCUCAGACGUCGAGAAGAUCAUCAUCAUUGGUUGGUGUCCCGACUCUGCCCCAUUGAAGACAAGGGCCUCUUUCGCCGCCAAUUUUGCCACCGUGGCCAAUAACCUCUUCAAGGGCUACCACGUUCAGGUCACUGCUAGAGAUGAGGACGACCUUGACGAAAACGAAUUGUUGAUGAAAAUCAGCAAUGCUGCCGGUGCCCGUUACUCCAUCCAAACCUCCUCCAAGCAGCAAGGCAAGGCCUCUACUCCCCCCGUGAAGAGAUCGUUUACUUCUUCCAAAAGUCCCGCUCCAGCCCCAGAGAAGGUGCCUGUCAAGAAAACACCUUCCCCAGCUCCUGCCGUCGAGGUUUCUUCCCGUAACGAUGGUGACAACGACGACUGGAAUGAACCUGAAUUGAAAGAACGUGACUUUGAUGAGUCUCCUCUAAAGCCAAACCAAUCUUCAUAUAAACCUAUCGGUAAGAUCGACUUGCAAAAAGUCAUUGCCGAAGAAAAGGCCAAGGAAGACCCACGUCUUGUUCAAAAGCCAUCCAUUGCUGGUUCCAAGAUCGAUCCUACUUCAGAUAUCGCACAACUGAAAAGCGAAUCAAAAUCUCAAAGGGUGUCUGAAAUGAACUCCUUUUUGGGUACUACUAAAGCUCCUUCCGUGGUGGAACCAUUGAAAAACGACGAUAAAGUCAUCAAAGGUUUCAGAAACGAGAAGUCUCCCGCCCAAUUAUGGGCUGAAAGGAAGGCGAAACAGAAUGCCGGAAACGUGCCAACGAAGACCGAAACACCAGAGCCUGAAGUCGCAGAGCCUGAGUCCGAUGGCGAACCUGACGUUAAGGAUUUGAAGUCAAAAUUUGAGAAAAUGGCUGCUUCUAACGAUUCAGAAGAAGAAGAGAAAAUCGUGCCCCCACCAAGGAAAUCUGAACCAACUAUCAUCUCACCAAAACCCUUUUCCAAACCACAAGAAUCCUCCAAGACUGAAGAGCCUCAACAGUCCAAGGCUGAUUACAAGAAAAUUGGCAAUCCAUUGCCCGGUAUGCACAUUGAAGCGGAAAACGAAGACGACCAAGAAGACGAUGACGACUGGGAUGACGACGAAAACGAGACCCCUCAACCUUCUUUGCCUUCUAGAAACGUCGCUCCAGAACCAGUAAAGCAAAUGGAAGAGCCUGAACAAGAACAUAGACAAGCCGUACCAGGUUUGCCUUCUAGAGACUCAAUUCCUCCUCCAAAAGAAGAAGAAGAAGAAGAAGAAGAAGAACCUGAAGAAGAGGAACCUGAAGAAGAAGAACCUGAAGAAGAGGAGGAGAACGAACAACCUGCCCGUCAACUACCAUCAAGAAACUCGGCUGCACCACCACCACCCCCAAGACGAGCCACUCCCGAGGAAAAGCCAAAGGAAAAGGAAAAUCCAUGGGCCACUGCAGAAUACGACUACGAUGCUGCCGAAGAUAACGAAUUGACCUUUGCGGAAAACGACAAGAUCAUCAAUAUCGAAUUUGUCGACGACGAUUGGUGGUUAGGUGAACUGGAAAAAGACGGCUCUAAGGGUCUUUUCCCUAGUAACUAUGUCUCUUUGGGAAACUAA